AAAAGCCCAUUUUCUCCGAUCGCUCAUUGUCUCCGUCUCAAAGAGCUCCAAAGCUCCAAGAAAUUUGCGAAAAGGGGAGAAAUCAGAAAUCUUUGCAGACGAUACUGCGACCCUCUUCCUCCCCGCCAUGUCUGUAGCUCCAAGCAGCUAUUUUUCGUUGUACUCGUCGCCAUUGUCGAGAAACGUUCAGGGCAGGCAGCAAGCCCCAGCUGGGUUGUUAAUACAGAGCAGCAACAGGCUCUCAAUCUCCAGGAACGGUGUGUUUUCGGGGAGUUGGAUCAGUUCGGGGGAGACCCAGUUGGGGAAAUGGCCGAAUGUGGUGGUAGUGAGGGCGACGUCCGAGGCGGAGUCUCAGACAUCGGGCCAGGAGAGCGGCGAAGGUGGGGAAGUGGAGUCUGAGGAGUACGAGGUGGAGAUUGAGCAGCCCUACGGGCUCAAGUUCGCCAAGGGGAGGGACGGUGGGACCUACAUAGACGCUAUCGCCCCUGGCGGGUUUGCGGAUAAGACUGGGAAGUUCUCGGUCGGGGACAAAGUCCUUGCCACCAGUGCAGUGUUCGGGACAGAAAUUUGGCCCGCUGCUGAGUAUGGAAGGACAAUGUACACUAUACGCCAAAGAAUUGGCCCGCUGCUCAUGAAAAUGCAAAAGAGAUAUGGUAAGGUUGACGAUUCGGGUGAACUAACAGAGAAGGAGAUUAUCAGGGCUGAGAGGAAUUCUGGGGUGAUCAGCAACAGAGUGAGGGAAAUUCAAAUGCAAAAUUACAUGAGAAAGAAAGAGCAGAAAGAGCAACGAGAGAAGGAUCUUCGUGAGGGCCUGCAACUGUACAAGAGUGCUAAAUACGAGGAAGCCUUGGAGAAGUUCGAGUCCGUGUUGGGAUCAAAACCCGAUGCCACUGAAGCAUCAGUUGCGAGCUAUAAUGUUGCUUGCUGUUAUUCUAAGCUUAACCGGAUACAGGCUGGGCUCUCGGCUCUCGAAGAUGCCCUGGAAGCAGGAUUCGAAGAUUUUAAGAGAAUUAGGUCCGAUCCAGAUCUAGCAAACAUUAGAACCUCUGAGGAGUUUGAGCCUCUUCUGAAGAGAUUCGAUGAGUCCUUUAUCAAUGAGAACGCCAUCAACGCAAUCAAGUCGCUGUUCGGCAUAUUCAACAAGAAGUAGGCCGCCCACAGUCCCAGAAGUUGUAGAGUUCUUUUUUCCGGUGAAAACUUGGCGAUGGUACUCUGGUCUUUUCCGCUGUAGAAAAAGCUAAUCAUAUGCGUAUACUGCUUACAUGGUCAUGGUCAGAUGCUGGAGACGAUGUUCACGGUCUCAUUCUCAUAUAUAUGUAUAUUGUAUUCAUUGUUCUUGUGCACAGAUGAUUCAACCUCCCAGCCCAUGUAAUGUAACAUUUUUCACGGGAAGAUCGACUGGAACAUGAGCAAUGCUUGAUUUUUCCAGUUGUCCUAA